AUGCUGCUCGGCACCUGGGUCAUCAUACAGACCUACUUCGACCGCAGCUGGAAAACCGUCAGCCUGCGCAGCUGGCUAGGUGAGGGGCCGGCCCGGCGGGGAUGGACCCAGGCGCCCCGACACGAGUGCGGCAACCGCAAGAGCUGUCCCAGCGACCACUUCGCCUUCAGGCUCAUCAGCGGCGCCGCCAACCUGGUGGGACCCUCCAUCUGCUUCAACGACCAGAUCCUCAUGAGCAACGUGAAGAACAACAUCGGCCGCGGCCUCAACAUCGCGCUGGUGAACGGGUCGACGGGACAGUUGCUGAAAACAGGCACGUUCGACAUGUACUCGGGAGACAUUAAGCUGCUGGAGACCUUCCUGACAGAAAUCAAAACUGGUACCAUUGUGCUGACGGCCACCUUCGAUGAUCCCGCCACAAAGAUGACCGACACAGUCCGGACGCUUUUUACAGAGCUGGGCAGCAGCUUCGUGGGCAACCUGGGCUUCCGCGACAACUGGGUUUUCCUGGGAGCCAAAGGGCUGAGUGCGAAGAGCCCCUUCGAGGAGCACAUCAAGAACAACAAGGAGACCAACAAAUACGACGGCUGGCCCGAGCUGCUGGAGCUGGAAGGCUGCGCCCCGCGCAAGGUGGACUAG